AUGGCUCUCAGGUCCUUGUGGUUGGUGUCCGUGCUGGCUGCUGCUGCAUCAGCACAAGUGCCAAUGUACGGGCAAUGUGGAGGAAUCGGCUUCACUGGAGCUACGAAUUGUGCUUCAGGAUCGGUCUGCACGUCCUUCAACCCGUACUACUCCCAGUGUGUUCCAGGCACAUCUUCAGCGGGGCCAACAUCCAGUAGUACGUCGAAGGCCUCAACAUCCACGACCACGUUCAAAACCAGCACGACCUCCACAGCCACGCCUAGUAGUGCCCCGACUGGAGCUAAAUAUUUGAUCACAUUCGGCGACUCUUACUCGCAGACUGGAUUCGAUAUCAACGGUGACAAGCCAUCAGCCAGCAACCCCAUCGGAAACCCAGCGCUGCCCGGCUAUACAGCUGCUGGUGGUCUGAACUGGGUGGGCAUACUGGCCUCCCAGCUGAACACGUCCACACUCCUCACGUACAACUUCGCGUACGGUGGCGCCACGACGGACUCGAACCUCGUUACGCCUUACGAUCCUAGCGUGAAGAGCCUUGUGGACCAGGUCGGACAGUUCAGCAGCUCCCUCGCGUCCCACCCGUCUUAUGCCCCAUGGACGGCAGCAAAUACGCUCGUUGGAGUGUGGAUCGGCGUCAAUGAUGUCGGAAACACCUAUUAUCGCAGCAAUGUCACCGAUAUCACCAAUGCCGUCAUCUCGAAGUAUUUCGAUCAGCUCCAGAUCAUCUAUAACGCCGGCGCUCGGAACUUUGUCCUGCUAACCGUCCCACCAAUCCAAUACACCCCGCUCAUGCUCGGACAAGACCAGAGUGCGAGAGACUCGGAGGCAGCAGUGAUCGCCAGCUACAACUCACUUAUCGCGUCCUCGCUUGCGAAGUUCACCUCGGCCAACAGCGGCGUCACUGCGAAGAUCGUCGAUACUACGACGCCGUUCAUGACCGCGAUCAAGAACCCCACCGCAUACGGCUCGCCAGACGCCACGUGCUACAACGCGGACGGCAAGAGCUGCCUAUGGUUCAACGACUACCACCCCGGCUACUCCAUCAACAAGCUGGUGGCACAGGCUGUGGUGAGUGCGUGGAAGGGAAGCUUUUUCUAG